AUGGCCUCGUGCCACCUGUCCAUCGACGCCGCCAGCCGCCGCAGGCCCACCGGGGAACAGAUCCGGCCCGCCCCGGGCCAGAUCGGGCCCGAGCCUCGCCGCCCGGCGCCUCUAGCGUCGGCGCCCCACCACUGUCGCGCCUCCACCGCUGCCGUCCAGCGCCGGCCGCCGCCUUCCCCAUCGCCGGCGCCCCCGCCGCCGCCGCCCUGGAGCAGGAGCUCCCUCCUCCGUCGCCUCACUCCGGUGUCGCGCCGCCCUCCUCCCCGCGCCCGAGCGCCGCGUCCCGCGCCCGACCUCGCCGCCGGGAGCCUCGCCGCUCGCCGGUAUCCGCGUCACUGGCGCCGCCCGCAGCUCCCCGCCGCCUCGCCGCACUGA